AUGAAAUUUAGAUUGGUUUGGGCGCAGGAUCACUGUAAUUGGACGCGUGAUCAAUGGGUCCCUAUCAUUUGGCCCGAUGAGUUUCGUUACUCUUCAAAAGAACGGCUAGAAGAAACAAUACGACCAGAAGUUGAUUCAUUGAAUGAUUUGAGAAGGGUCUUGGAAGAGGAAUGGGAAAAGACUGGUGUUCAGUGUACAGGUUGGUUAUUUAAGAAUAUAAAAGGGCGCUGUCAAGUCGAAAGUUUGGUGGGCAUUUGGUUAAUUUGGAUUUUCAAUAAAAUUACGAACUUCAAUGAUAACAUAAUCUUUAAUGAUAACAUAAAUGAACUUCAAUGA